CUAAAGUUCAGAUGUUUUUAAAGUCAUUAACAAUGAGCUACCACAAGCUAAAGGUAGCGGUCAUAGGAGCAGGGGCGAGUGGCCUGUGCGCUGCUCGCCACCUGCUAUCGAGGCCACAUGUUUUCGCCCCUCCUGUGGUUUAUGAGCUGUCUGGCUGUGUUGGGGGCACCUGGGUUUACACAGACAAAGUAGGAAUGGAUGAUUAUGGCCUGCCUAUUCAUUGCAGUAUGUACAGGGAUUUAAGGACAAACCUUCCAAAAGAAGUCAUGGCCUUCCCGGAUUUUCCAUUUGACAGUCAACUCCCUUCUUUCAUCCAUCAUAGUGAUGUGAGGUCAUAUCUGGAACAGUAUGCUGAUCACUUUGAAAUUCAGCCCCAUGUAAAGUUUCGUACACAUGUUGAACUGCUGAAUCCGGUUUCUGGAACCACUGGAGAUGCUUGGAAUUCAUGGGAAGUAACAUCUUUAAAUCUGAACAAUCAUUGUCGUAAUACAGAGAGAUUUGAUUCUGUUAUUGUUUGCAAUGGCCAUUAUUCUGAACCUUUCAUCCCACACAUCCCUGAAAUUGAACAUUUCAAAGGACAGAAAAUGCACAGUCAUGAGUACAGGUUUGCUGAGCCUUUCACUGGGAAGAAUGUGGUUCUCCUUGGUGCUGGUCCAUCUGGAACUGAUAUAGCAUUGGAGUUAUGCUCAGUUGCAAAACAAGUUGUCUUGAUACACAAUCAUUCACUGAUAACUUCCUCAAUGCCCCCAAAUUUCCUGCAGGUGAAAGGUCUGAACAGAUUUUCAGAGACUGGAGUGAUUUGUAAUGAUGAAAUGGAGUAUCCUGCAGAUGUAUUCAUGUUCUGUACUGGAUAUAAAUAUUCUUUUCCAUUUCUUAGUAAAAAUGUCUGCUUAGACGUCAAAGAUCAAAGAGUUGCUCCACUUUACAAACACAUUGUUCAUACAACCUUUCCAACUCUCUUUUUUAUUGGCUUAUGCAUGACUGUUUGUCCUUUUCCUUUGUUCCACUGCCAAGUCUUGUUUGCUCUGGCAUCUUUAGAUGGUACCCAUAAGCUACCACCAAAAGCAGAAAUGGAUGCAGUUACAGAGGAUGAAUACCAGUCCUGUUUGCAAAAUGGAAUUCCUCACAGACAUUUUCAUAAAUUGGACAGUCGUCAAUGGGGCUAUAAUGCUGAGUUAGCCCAGUUAUCCAAAACUGACCCCUUAGCACCUGUUACAAGGGAUCUGUAUGAAGCAAAUAAGAAAUUUAGAAAACAAGAUCUGUGUAAUUAUAAAAGGUAUAAUUACAAGAUAGUAAGUCAUGAUACAUGGAUAACAGUGAAGCCUAAACCAUUAUAAACUUGACUGUCACUUCUUUGAUUUGCAUCUUCCAUCCAUCAGACUAUCAGCCAGCUAGAUAUGUUCUAUGGAAACCAUAGAACAUAUGAAGCUCUGCAGUGUACAAUAUACAGUAUAGAGGAAAAGUGGUCAAAGAUUUGCAUUGUCUGAAAGCCUGUCAGUUUUCUUUCUAUAUACUUAAGUGGAUGGAUUAUUAGAUAUACUUACUCGUGUGUGAUUUGAGUAACCCUUCCAGUAGUUUGUUUUAUUUGUAUUUGUUGCAUUAAAGCAAGCUUACUUACCCAAUCUAAAUAGCCAGCUGUUGUUGGGAAAAUGUGCAAAUGAAAAGAAGUACUUUUGCACAUUGAAUCCCAUUUCUUGUAAAGUCAUAGAAACUAUGCCAUUGCAUCAGUUUGUUUUUCUUUUGUUAAAUGUUAUUUGCUUCUUCUAGUGUUUUGCCAAUGUUUGGGACAAAUCAUUUAAGACUGUAUAAAGGGGUCGUUUAACUCAGACAGAUGGUAGAGAAUUGAUUGCUCAGGUUUCUCAGAAUUACACUAACAAAAUUCUAUAAAGUUUCAAGCUGGUCUUGAUUUCAGACCAUGUAUGCAAGAAGGAGCUAUAGUGUUUGUUUAAAAAAAAAAUCGUAAUUAAUUCUUUAUUAAAUUGGCAGCCCUAUAGAGAGCAAAUAAACAAAAUAUUAUACAAGAUACCAAUUGGAAUUUUGCAUUCAGUGGCAAGUGUAAACCUCAGUUUGGUGCGUAAAUAGUCUAUACCCUUUGGGUCUGAUCCAUAAACUAUAGGCUGCAUCAUACAAGAUAACUGCAUCAGCUGGUCUACACCAUUCACCUGAUAAAGGCUUUAAGUACUGUAUAAAAUGGAAUAUUCUAUUCAUUCCUUAUUAGCUAAAAUAUUUGCACAAACACAAUGCAAUGACUUACCAAAUCUGCCUUAGGUUGCCAAUAUGUCUUAAAGAAUGCAUGCAUCAUAUUUUCUACAGUAAACAUAACAUAGUUAUUCUCAACAGUUAGGGCUUUCUCUCCUGAUAUUGGAUACCUAAGUCUUCACAUGAAUGACCUGUUGGAAACCAGAUGAAGAUGAUGUGCAGGAAUUUGCAAUUCUGCAAAAGUAUUUGUGGAUAUUAUUCCUCGUAGUUAUAUGCAUGUCACUUUUCAGUUCACAAGCACACUUUUUAACUUUUGUGAGAUGAUGAACUGGACCAGCUGUAGGAUUAUUUCACAGGAGCAGCCAUCUUGGUUCUAUUCAAAUUCUGGGAUUCUUUCCCACUGCCUGUAUUCAUGGGAUCAUACUUGAGCAGAAGCAGGCUGCCUAUGAUGAAAAAUCAUUACUGAUUUUGGUAAAAUCUGCAAGCAAGAGCUGAUGAGGUAAUUCUGAUCAGCUUUCAUUGAAAACCAUCAGAACGAUAUACAAAAUUCUGUUUUAAGCCAUAAGCAUUUAGUAAAUUAAAAGUCAUUUUGUUUUUCAUCAUAUGUUGUUAUAUCAUCAAAACUAGCACUCUGAAUAAUAGAACAAAGUAAUGCAGGUGUUUGAACUAUUAUGAAACUUUGAAAAGUGAUAACUUGAAACAUUAACUCUGCUUCUCUCUGUAGAUGCUUCUAGAGCUGCUGAGUCUCUUAAGUAUUCUUUACUUCAUAAAUUUUAGUUGGAUAGAGCAAAAUAAAAUUUGACAAAUGUAAAUG